AUGGUUUCAACGCUUCAACAAUUACGCUUAAGCCUGGAUACGUAUAGCGCUGCAGAAGCAAGGAAUUACCACUUUUUGAUUAGCGUUGCAUACCCAGCCGGUAUAUUUCUCCGGGCCCCCUGGAUUUGUUAUUUCGUUUCUUAUCUAAUAUACAGGACCAGAAAAUUACCAAAAUCUCCAUAUAUCAGCCAUAGACAAGACACCGCUGCUGGCCAUAACGCCAAUAUCUACCCCUCAACCAGCAACCCCUCUAGCACGCCCUUUAACACCAACCAAGCCAUUGACUACUACAUCUCACAAGGAGUGACAUCCGGCAAGAUUAACAUGGGUAUGCCACUUUAUGGGCGCUCAUUUUUGAAUACCAAUGGGCCUGGUACGCCUUAUAGCGGUGUUGGCAGCGGUAGCUGGGAGAAUGGUGUCUGGGACUAUAAGGCGCUGCCCCGGGCUGAGGCAAAUGUCAGCUACCUUGACCAACCUAUUGCUAGCUAUAGCUAUGAUGCGUCGCAAGAGAUGAUGAUAAGCUAUGACACCCCUCAAGUUGCGGAAAAGAAGGCAGAGGCUAAUAUUGAUGUUGUUCGGCUUCUUCUCGACUUUGGCGCCGAUGUGAAUGCUCCCCCAGCUCACCUUGGAAUGACAGCACUUCAAGCUGCCGCUGGAGGAGGAAGUCUACUUGGUGAUCUUAUUCUUAGUUCUGACACUGACGUCAAGGCUCGACUAGCGGCAGAACCUCAACGAGCAGAUACAGGCUAUCUCGAAGUGAUUCGACUUCUUCUCAACUCUGGUGCUGAUAUUAAUGCUCCUCCAGGGGAAGUAUGUGGAAGAACAGCGCUUCAAGCAGCAGUUGAGAGGGGCUAUCUUGAUAUUAUUCAGCUUCUUCUCAGUGCUGGUGCUGAUAUCAAUGCUCACCCAGCUGCAGCGAAUGGAAUGACCGCGCUUCAAGCAGCCGCUAAAAGGGGAAAUCUUGAGCUAGUAAAGCUUCUUCUUAGCUCUGGAGCCGAUGUCAACGCUCCUUCAGCUCCUGUGUCUGGAAUGACAGCUCUUCAGGCUGCAGCUAAAAGCGGGAGUCUCGAGCUGGUUCGGGUUCUUCUUAGUUCCGGUGCCCAUAUCAAUGCCCCACCAGCUGAAGCAGGAACGACAACAUUUAAGGCGAAAGAAGGCGGAAGAACAGCACUUCAAGCAGCAGCUAGUGGAGGAAACAUUGAGGUAGUUCAGCUCCUUCUCGGUGCUGGUGCUGAUGUCAAUGCUCCACCAGCUAAAGCUCGUGGAAGAACAGCACUUCAAGCAGCAACUGAAGCAGGAAAUCUUGAAGUAGCUCAGCUGCUUCUGUGGUAUGGCGCCGAUAUUCAUGCGCCUCCUUCUGAAGAGGGUGACAUGACUGCAUUUCAAGCAGCCCUUGAAGAAGGGAAUUUUGAGAUUGUUCAACUUCUUCUUGACAAUGAAGUGAUGACUUAG